AAUAUUACAUUGAUGCAAGUUAUUUGGAAGCAUUAAAAAGGACACGUGAGAAAUAUAUAAGCUUGAAUAGAGCUUAUAAGGAGAUUAUAUCAGAAGAAAGCACUAAAGAUAACAUUAAGGAACAAAUG